UAGUAGCCAUUUUCCUGAAGACCAGAUUCACUAAAGCGUUAUUCCUUUGUCUCAGAGAAAAUGGCCCCUCUGAGCGGGACAGAGCAGUUACGCUGUGACUAGGCGGGUAUUAUACAACAGAUACGGAGGAGCGUACACUAUCCAGCAGCAACAGCAGCGAGAGACGAACUUGGUUCUGUGGUCACUUCCCAGCACAACAACUCGGCCUCCGUAACCAGGGACAGUCGCCAAAGAGGGUAGCCUGUGUGCGGCCAGGAGAGUGGGGAUGGCGGGCUAUCACUACGGCCAGGGAUAUCCUGGCUCUGCAGGACAGACACCUGGUGCUCCUCCGGGGGGCUAUUAUGCUGGACAGCAAUAUGGAGGAGGUGGUAAUCCUGGUCAGCCUGCCUAUGGUGGCCCUGCACCAGGAGCACCAUAUGGACAGCCAUCAUCGGGUAGUGGCUAUGGGCAACCCAUGCCAGGUGGUACUGCACCAGGUGGUCCAGGUGGGAGCUAUGGAGGCCAUGCUCCAGGUGGCCCUUACCAGGCACCAGGAUCCAACCCUUAUUGGGGUCAACAACAAAGCCAGUAUGGACAAAGAGUUCCUUCUGGCAGUAUGCCACCUGGCGUAGAUCCAGAAGCUUUCUCUUGGUUCCAGACAGUUGACACAGACAGAAGUGGUUACAUAACCUUAAAAGAGCUCAAACAAGCACUGGUCAAUUCCAACUGGUCGACAUUUAAUGAUGAAACAUGUAUAAUGAUGAUGAAUAUGUUUGACAAAAGUUAUUCUGGCCGGAUCGAUCUUCCUGGGUUUUCUGGUCUGUGGUCAUAUAUUCAGCAGUGGAGGAACCUGUUCCAGCAAUAUGACCGGGAUAGGUCUGGCAGUAUUAGUCAUGCAGAAUUGUACCAAGCUCUCUUACAGAUGGGAUACAAGCUCAGCCCACAGUUUGUGCAGCACAUAAUGUCCCUGUAUGCUCCACGGUCUAAUAACCCAACUUUGCAGCUCGACCACUUUAUACAGAUUUGUACCAAACUCCAGAGUAUGACUGAAGCAUUUCGGGAUAAGGAUACAGAGCGAUCAGGCAAUGCUAAACUCAGCUAUGACGAUUUCCUCUCCAUGGCUGUGGGACGUCUUCUAUAACGGCAUCGGACUCGGCACAUCUUUCACACCUCAUAUUCCUGUUCUGGCCCCCUGUGUUCAAGACUAAGGAGGUGCUGCUACAAUUGUUAUACACACAAACUUUUAAGUUACAUUCGUCGGAUUAAUCGGACUAUUCCUACAUCCGGGCAUAAUAAAUGCCAGCCUUUCUUCCUAACACCACCUUUACGUCAAAUGUACUAUGGUACUAAAUACUUUUUUUUUUUUUUUUUUUGAGUUUAUUUUGAGGUAUUUUACAAAUAUGUAUCACUCAGUUGCCAUGUAUCCGUUACCCACUAGAGGGAGACAUAGUUCACAUAAUGUAGUCAUUGAAAAAAGUCUACAUUCUUUUAUGGCUCACAGGGAAAUGUAUGCUUUGGGGUUUUCUUUAUUUUUUGGGGGGAGGGUUAAUUUUAUUCUUGCCAUUUGACUUCCAUACACAUUAUAAUAUUCUCAGAACAUAGAUACUAUACAGAACAUUGAGCUAGCUGUUCUUUUAUUUGAACUGUACAAAUACAUCCUUUUUUAGAUAAUAAAUUCAAAUAUAAAAUGAGUGAAAAAAUAUUACAUUGUUCAGUAAUGACAUACAUUUAAUCUAGUACACAAGACAUGUUAUUCCAUUUAGCAUGUUGGUAAAAUUCAAAAUACAUAUCUAAAAGUACUUGUAAAAAGUUUCUGUUAAAGCUAAUUUAGAUAAAGUCGGAAUCCUAAUGGAGUGUAUACCACCUAUCCUAGAGUAGAAGAAGAUAAAUUGUCUAUACAGACCUAACAUUGGGGAAGGAUGAAAUAUGAUUACUAUCAUAUGAUAGUGAUAGCAAAUAUACUUAUAGCUGUAACAGAGAGGUGCACCCAGGAAUGGAACUUGCAAGUAUCCGAGAGAGAAAAGAAAAAAGUUCCUAUAAUGGGCACUCACGGACUGAUACAGUACAAUAAUAAUUUAAGUCUGUUGCAUUAAUAUUCAAGUGACCCAUAUACACCAUUAUUAAAUAUCUUUCAAAUAAGCCAGCAAAAUAAUAAAAUGAUAGUGUGCAAAAUAGUGAACCAAGUGUAAGUGAAUUAAAGUCCGUCUCCACUGUAAAUUGUCUGUUUUUAUUCAAUAUCAUAAUUUGACAAUGCCCAAUUUAGGAAUACUUAUGUCAUGUUCUCUUGGAUACCAGCUAUCCUGUAAGAUGAAACGGACAUUCAUAUUGACAGUUGCUUCCAUGUGACUUGCUAUAAGGCCCUGUUCAAACCCCUCAAGUUUUGUUACAUCACUUAUGAAAUCACUUCCAGGUAUAUUAAUGGAUGAUAGAAGAUGCUUUUUCAUAUUGGCUCAUCGUGUUUUGUGAAGUAGGGUCCCAUCAGGUCAGCAGGGUUUUAGAUUGCCCAGGGCUAUGGAAAGCCUCUUUGUAUUUCUUUCUUUAACAUAAAAGAAACCCUUAUAUUCCUAAAUUACAUAAAAUCUGUAUUCCAGUUUCAGUUUACAGGUCUCAUUCCAGCUUUAUUUGCACGCACCUGACCAGUUUAUGUGAGGUGGAGAGAGGCAUAUGAUGUAGCCGUUCCCUGCUCUAUUACUUGUUUUAUAGCUACACUCUGCACAAUUAUUAGAAACAUUCGCCAUAAUUUGAAUCUGCCAAAACUUUGUAAAAAAAAUAAAAAAAUUAAAAAAAAUCCAUUCCAUUAUAAGAAAUUGUAAAUUGCCUAGGAAAUAAACAUGUUGUUAAGGAAA